AAAAGUGAAAAAAUGACUGGUCGUGGUAAAGGUGGCAAAGGCUUGGGAAAAGGUGGCGCUAAACGUCAUCGUAAAGUGUUGCGUGAUAACAUCCAAGGUAUCACCAAGCCUGCAAUCAGACGUUUGGCUCGUCGUGGCGGUGUAAAGCGUAUCUCUGGAUUGAUUUACGAAGAAACCCGUGGUGUCCUGAAGGUGUUUUUGGAAAACGUUAUUCGUGAUGCUGUCACCUACACUGAACACGCUAAGCGUAAAACCGUCACCGCUAUGGAUGUCGUCUACGCUUUGAAGAGACAAGGCCGCACUUUGUACGGUUUCGGCGGUUAAACAUUAUCUUGACGCUAUUUUGGAGAAAAUUUUAAAAACUUUAAAACUAAAACAAUCGGUCCUUUUCA